AUGCCAUGGUAUGUGAGCCCUUUCUUUUGGUUUACCUCCUACACAGGUACCUUACAGAUGAAGGAAUAGAGGAGUUGAAAGCCACUUCUGAGAAACCCUCAGCUAAUUACAUUAUUCGCAUUGCACUUAAUGUAAGUAGCAAGUAUUUCUCACAUCACUCUUCUAGUAUACAGAAAACCGUUUUCUCUUCACCAGUGUAGAUGUACAUUAACUGGCCCUGGGGGGGUUGAGUAGAGAAGAGGAAUGUUUGUCAGUGCUUACAGUCAAUCUCAUUUUCAAAAAUCAAAAUCGGCUUACAAAACAGGUUUGUGUAAGGCCGGGUUCUCUACAAGCUCACAAAACAGAUUCCUCUACAUUGCUUUUAAUAUUGCUUGUUGAAUGUGUUGCCGCUAUGUCAGUAAAUCAAAGUCAGCCUAAUAUGGCUGCGUUCCCAAUCUCCACCCUAGUGUGUACUCACACACUCCCCGUCCCUCCAGCCAAUGCUUACGACGAUCUAGUCUGAAAUACACACUUCAUUGGUAUAUAGAGCCUGAGACAUUUGUGCACAAUCGAGUAAAUGUUCCUUACAAGCCAGAAUGUUGAUUUAAAAUUACAUGUAAGCUUACUCUACCAGUUGUUUGUGCGGUUUGUCCUUCUACUGCUCGAAAUUUGAGACAAAAUAUCCACAGGAAGUAUUGUUUAACUGACUUUUUAGAGUGCUCAAACCCCAGGAUCUCUCGUCAAUAGCUAUUGAACCAAGCAUGCCAUGACAAUGAAAAUGGUAUAUUCUGAAUCUUUUUUGAAGAUUGAAAUCCAAAUAUCCAAUGUAAAACUUACUUUACCUCAGUACUGAACCACAUACCUACCGGCUCUCUACAAUGUCAGGUAAACAAUACCUUCCUGUGGAUAUUUUGUCUCAGAUUUCGAGCAGCCGAAUGAGAAACCGGGAGAGUAAGUUUAAAUGUAAUUGUAUUAAACAUUCUGGCUUGUAAGGAACAUUUACAUGAUUUUGCACACACGUCUGGCUGUCUAUUCCAAUUAAUUGUAUAUUACAGCCUGAUUUAAUCAGACUUAACACCAAUCCAAUACUUUUUGAAGUCCAUGACUGGGAGUGUGCACAUGCACACUUUGGGAGACGUGUGGAGAGUCAGAAUGCCAGUGUCUUCAAAACAGGUUUCUCUACACUGCUUUGAAUUAUGCUUAUAGAGGUUUACUGGUGUCUCAUUCAGUCAGCCUAAUAUGUUGGUUGGGCAAGUAUUAUUCCCCUUUUGUUAAUCCCCUGUCUCUGUGACUGCCUCUGCAGAGUGACUUGAGGACUAUUGGCAGGAAGUUUCUCCCUGCGGACGUCAACAGUGGCCGGGUGGAGAAGGUGAGGCGUUGUGUGUGUGUGUGUGUGUGUGUACUGGCGCAGAUAUGUGUACAAGAAAGGGUCAGAAAAACUGUCACACCUUAUCAUAAUGACUCAGUGCAUUAGUCAGCGGAUGAGGUUAGUCAAGCUACACUCCUAUGGUGAGUAACCAUGCUGAAGACACGUCAACUUAGAAAGCUAAUUCCUAGGCUUUAGCUCUAUCGCAGCCUUGAAAACAUGCACAUGACCCGGGUUUGAUACCAUGGUGGUUACGCUGUCUUGUGCACGUUUGAGAAAUACAGAAAUGCACUACUUCCAAAGGCCACUAGAUGUCUCUGUCACACCAGCUUUAAAAUGCCUUAAUUCCUUCCUUCAGCCAUGGGGAGUUGCACUGAGUUCAACUGAGAAAAUGCCACAGAUGAUGACGAGGGAGAUAAUUAAUUAAUUUGUAUGUGAGCAAAUAACCCACAGUCCUCCUAAAGCUCAGAAUAAGAUAUUGCACUCCUUUCAGGUAAGUACAACUCCCACUCUCUGCAUAUCUCUAACAGGGAAAGAGCCAUCAAUACUGGUAAUUCAGAAUUUCUCAGUGUGUCUGCAUUGAGUUAUUUUUUUGGCUCUUUUCCCAGAGUAGGCAAUCACUAGACUGCAAUUAAUAUGUACUGCAUUUCCAAAGAGUUGGUUGAAUUUGGAGCUGAGGUAAACUAUUUUAAUUGGAAGGUGUAAACUGCUGUUGGAUGCAAAGGAGUGAACUAGAACCAGAGCUGUGAAAAGACGCAACAUCUGAGUAGUUGGAUUUCUUUAUGGCCCUGUAGCUUAGAUGCCACUGCUCUGUUUACAGCAUGGAACUGAAGAACAAACACACUGUUUACAUAAACAUUAAGGAAGGUCAGGUACAUAACAUUAAGGAAGGUCAGGUACAUAACAUUAAGGAAGGUCAGGUACAUAACAUUAAGGAAGGUCAGGUACAUAACAUUAAGGAAGGUCAGGUACAUAAGCAUUAAGGAAGGUCUGGUACAUAGUCUGGUACAUAAGUGUUAAGGAAGAUCAGGUACAUAAGCAUUAAGGAAGGUCUGGUACAUAGUCUGGUACAUAAGUGUUAAGGAAGAUCAGGUACAUACGCGUAAAGGAAGGUCAGGUACAUAUGUGUUAAGGAAGGUCAGGUACAUAAGCGUUAAGGAAGGUCAGGUACAUAAGCGUUAAGGAAGGUCAGGUACAUAAGCGUUAAGGAAGGUCAGGUAUCGAAGCGUUAAGGAAGGUCUGGUACAUAGUCAUGGUACAUGAAGUGUUAAGGAAGGUCAGGUACAUAGCGUUAAGGAGGUCCGGUACAUACCCGUUAAGGAGGUCAUGUACAUAAGCGUUAGGGAAGGUCAGGUACAUAACGUUAAGGAAAGUCAGUACAUAAGCUUUAAGGAAGGUCCGGUUCAUAAGCGUUAAAGGAAGGUCAGGUACAUAAGCGUUAAGAAGAAUCCGGUGACAUAAGCAUUAAGGAGGUCAGUACAUAAGCAUUAAGGAGGUCUGGUAAUAGUCCGGUACAUAAGUGCUAAGGAAGAUCAGUAUCAUACGCGUAAGGAAGGUCCAGGUACAAUGUGUUUUUAAGGAAGGUCAGGUACUAUGUGUUAAGGAAUGUCAGGUACAUAAAAAAAGCCCCCCCCCGUUAAGGAGGCAAUGGUACAUAAGCGUUAAGGAAGGUCAGGUACAUAAGCGUUAAGGAAGGUCAGGUACAUAAGCGUUAAGGAAGGUCAGGUACAUAAGCGUUAAGGAAGGUCAGGUACAUAAGCGUUAAGGAAGAUCAGGUACAUAAGCGUUAAGGAAGGUCAGGUACAUAAGCGUUAAGGAAGGUCAGGUACAUAAGCGUUAAGGAAGAUCCGGUACAUAAGCAUUAAGGAAGGUCAGGUACAUAAGCAUUAAGGAUCACGAGUGGCACAGUGGUCUAAGGCACUGCAUCGCAGUGCUAGCUGUGCCACUAGAGAUCCUGGUUCGAAUCCAGGCUCUGUCGUAGCCAGCCGCAACCGGGAGACCCAUGGGGCGGCGCACAAUUGGCCCAGCGUCGUCCAGGGUAGGGGAGGGAAUGGCCGCCAGGGUUGUGGGUUCGAUUCCCACGGGGGGCCAGUAUGAAAAAUAAGAGCGUCUGCUAAAUGACUAAAAUGUAAAAAUAAAAAUUGAAGGUCGGGUACAUAAACAUUAAGGAAGGUCAGGUACAUAACAUUAAGGAAGGUCAGUUACAUAAACAUUAAGGAAGGUCAGGUACAUAACAUUAAGGAAGGUCAGUUACAUAAGCGGUAAGGAAGGUCAGUUACAUAAGCGGCAAGGAAGGUCAGGUACAUACACAUUAAGGAAGGUCAGGUACAUACACGUUAAGGAAGGUCAGGUACAUAAACAUUAAGGAAGGUCAGGUACAUAACAUUAAGGAAGGUCGGGUACUUAAACAUUAAGGAAGGUCAGGUACAUAACAUUAAGGAAGGUCAGGUACAUAACAUUAAGGAAGGUCAGGUACAUAACAUUAAGGAAAGUCAGUUACAUAAGUGGUUAGGAAGGUCGGGUACAUACACGUUAAGGAAGGUCAGGCACAUAAGCAUUAAGGAAGGUCAGGUACAUGAGUGUUAAGGAAGGUCAGGUAUUUAAAAGCAGUAAGGAAGAUCAGGUAAAUAAACACAUUAAGGAAGGUUAUGUACUUAAAAGUGUUAAGGAAGGUCAGGUACUUAAAAGCAGUGAGGUCAAUUUGAGCGAGACUGCGAGGGUAGCUCAGUUCAAUAAACUUUAUUAAUCCCAGAGGAGCAGUUAUUGAAGCUGAUGUAACCAGUUAGUGGUUACAAGGCUGAUGUCUUUACUUCAACAAACCCUGGCAUUAGGACACACCGUAGCAAAAUGUUUUGCAACGGAAAACUAAAAGAAACAUUUCUUAUUGGUCAAGUCCAGGUCCCUCUCGCUUUGUCUGUCUUUGAUCAGUUUGGUUCCUAAUGAAUACGGCCCCAUCUCACUCUCUACGGUGCCCUAAUUAACACGACCGCUGUAUUUCUCUCCCCCUACCCGUCCCCGUCCCCUGUCCCCCGUCCCCGUCCCCCUACCCGUCCCCCUACCCGUCCCCCGUCCCCCUACCCGUCCCCCGUCCCCCUACCCGUCCCCCGUCCCCCUGUCCCCCUACCCGUCCCCCGUCCCCCCCCAGGUGGAGGGUCCGUGUGUGCUGCAGGUGCAGAAGGUGAGGAACGUGUCGGCCCCCAAGGACCAUGAGGAGUCUCAGGGAGCCCCCAGGAUGCUGCGGCUGCAGAUGACAGACGGACACACCAACGCUGUGGGCCUCGAGUUCAAACACCUCUCCCAGAUCAGGUAGAGAACCACUACUAGUUGAAACACCUCUCCCAGAUCAGGUAGAGAACCACUACUAGUUGAAACACCUCUCCCAGAUCAGGUAGAGAACCACCACUAGUUGAAACACCUCUCCCAGAUCAGGUAGAGAACCACCACUAGUUGAAACACCUCUCCCAGAUCAGGUAGAGAACCACUACUAGUUGAAACACCUCUCCCAGAUCAGGUAGAGAACCACUACUAGUUGAAACACCCCCUCUCCCAGUCAGGUGAGAAUCCACUCCAUGUUGAAACACUCUCCCAUCAGUAGAGAACCCACUACUAGUUGAAACACCUCUCCCAAUCAGUAGAGCCCUACAGUUGAAACCACCUCUCCCAGAUCAGGUAGAGACCACACUAGUUGAAACACCUCCCCAAUCAGUAACCACACUAGUUGAAACCACCCUCCCAAUAUGGUAAAGUGACCCUACUGUUGAAAACCACCCUCUUGGCGAUCAGGUAGAGACCACUAUACUAUGUUGAACCCUUCCCAGAUCAGGUAAGACGCCACUACUAGUUUAAAUAACCCUCUCCCAGAUCAGGUAGAGAACCACUACUAGUUGAAACACCUCUCCCAGAUCAGGUAGAGAACCACUACUAGUUGAAACACCUCUCCCUAGUCAGGUAGAGAACCACUACUAGUUGAAACACCUCUCCCAGAUCAGGUAGAGAACCACUACUAGUUGAAACACCUCUCCCAGAUCAGGUAGAGAACCACUACUAGUUGAAACACCUCUCCCAGAUCAGGUAGAGAACCACUACUAGUUGAAACAACCUCUCCCAGAUCAGGUAGAGAACCACUACUAGUUGAAACACCUCUCCAGAUCAGGUAGAGACCACUACUAGUUGAAACACCUCUCCCAGAUCAGGUAGAGAACCACUACUAGUUGAAACACCUCUCCCAGAUCAGGUAGAGAACCACUACUAGUUGAAACACCUCUCCCAGAUCAGGUAGAGAACCACUACUAGUUGAAACACCUCUCCCAGAUCAGGUAGAGAACCACUACUAGUUUGAAACACCUCUCCCAGACUCAGGUCCCCUCAGGCAGGUAUAUCCCCACCACUAGUUGAAACAACCUCUCCCCGAUCAGGUAGAGAACCACUACUAGUUGAAAACACCUCUUCCAGACCUGAAUAGGCCCUUACCCCUCUCCCACGCUCCCUGGUAGAGCACCAUACUAGUUGAAACAACCUCUCCCAGAUCAGGUAGAGAACCACUACUAGUUGAAAAACACCUCUCCAGAUCAGGUAGAGAACACUACUAGUUGAAACACCUUCCCCAGAUCAGGUAGAGAACCACUGCUAGUUGAACACACCUCUCCAGAUCAGGUAGAGAACCACUGACUAGUUGAAACACCCUCUCCCAGAUCAGUAGAGAACCACUACUAGUUGAAACACCCUCCCCAGAUCAGGUAGAGAACCACUACUAGUUGAAACACCUCUCCCAGAUUCAGGUAGAGAACCACUACUAGUUUGAAAACAACCUCUCCCAGAUCAGGUAGAGAACCACUACUAGUUGAAACACCCUCUCCCAGACAAGGUAAGAACCACUACUAUUGAAACACCUCUCCAGAUCAGGUAAGAACACUACUAGUUGAAACCCUCUCCCAGAUCAUGUAGAGACCCACACUAGUUGAAAACACCUUCUCCCAGAUCAGUAGAUAACCACCACUAUUUGAAAACACUCUCCAAUCAGGUUAAGAACCACACGACUAUUGAAACACUCCCCAGAUCAGGUAGAGAACGCACUAACUAGUUGCACACCUCUCCCAGAUGCAGGUAGAGAACCACUACUAGUUGAAACACCUCUCCCAGAUCAGAUAGAGAACCACUACUAGUUCAAACACCUCUCCCAGAUCAGAUUGACGAAAAACUUGUGCCCAGAAUUACAUAGAACAAUAAAUUAUAGGAUCUCGAUGAACUACUUGUUCAAACAGCUAUAAGAUCAAGUUGAGAACAGGCUUUUUAGGGUCUAGGCCAGGUUACUAUAAAUUACUUUGACAACUGUUAAUGUAAAAAGUGCAUUCUAAAAUAAAUCUGAUUUUGAUUGAUCAGGCAGAGAACAGCUAGUUCAAACAAAGAUCAGUUAUAGAGAUCACAUACUUUAAACACCAGGCUAAGCUCAGAGGUAAUUUGUAUCAAGCUGCUUCGAGUAGUAGGGGUGUGCUGAUUUUAAAGAUCAGUUUUGUCGUUUAAAUCACCAUGAAUAAGAGUAAAUGGACAGGGUGAACUGACCUAGAUCCUGCCACACUACGCUGAGAUACUUGAUAGUUAGCAUCAAGGCUAUCCCUUCUUUCUCGCAAAGCCAGAACAUAGUUAGCAUUCAAAGGCUAUCCGCUUCUUCUCCAAAGGCACAGAACAAGUUAGCAUCAAAGGCUAUCCGCUUCUUCUCCAAAGGCACAGAACAAGUUAGCAUCAAAGGCUAUCCGCUUCUUCUCCAAAGGCACAGAACAAGUUAGCAUCAAAGGCUAAGGCUAUCCGCUUCUUCUAUCUUUCGCCAAAGGCACGAACAAGUUAGUCAUCACGGCUAUCCGCUUCUUCUCCAAAGGCCAGAACAGUAGCAUCAAAGCUAUCCGCUUCUUCUUUUUCCCCUCCAAGGCACAGAACAGUUAG